AUGCUGGCUACUCUUGAGAAUCAGUCAUGCAGCAGGCUCUCAGAUCUUGUUUGUGUUCCCAGGAACACAACUGGCGGCUUUCUGAACAUGAACCCAAGCAUUACAGACAUGAACAACGUCUCGCAGAACGAAAGUGGUGGGACCACUAAGCCAACACCUGACAAGCUUCGCCUGAUCCUGUGCUCGCUGACCUUCAUCAUCAUCUUGGUUGGGAUGGCAGGAAAUGCGACUGUGUUAUGGCUCCUGGGCUGCCGCAUGCGCAGGAACGCCUUCUCUGUCUAUGUCCUCAACCUGGCUGGAGCCGACUUCCUGUUCCUCUGCAGCAGCUUUAUACUAUACUUCAUAAAUGGUUUUGAUUUGUUCUCCAUUUACGUUCCAAAUCAUUUCUUGCCCAUUUGGAUCAUUUUCUACCUUGCAGGCCUGGGCAUCCUCAGCGCCAUUAGCACGGAGCGCUGCCUGUCUGUCCUGUGUCCCAUCUGGUACCGCUGCAGACGCCCCAGGUGCCUGUCAGCUUUCCUGUGUGCGCUGCUCUGGGCGCUGUCCUUGGUGCUGAGCCUCGUGGCAGGGAAUGACUGUGGUUUCCUAUUUAGCAGUGAGAGCUUGGAGAAGUGUAGGAAAAUUCGCUUCUUCACUGUGGCAUGGUUGAUAUUCUUAUUUUUGCUUCUCUCUGGGUCCAACCUGGCCGUGCUGUUCAGGAUCUUCUGUAGCUCACGGAAAUUUCAGCUGACCCGGCUGUAUGUGACUAUCCUGCUCACAGUGCUGGUCUAUCUCCUCUGUGGUCUACCCUAUGGCAUCUAUUUGUCCCUCUCACGCUUGAUUGAUAGCUUUUAUUGUGAUGUACCUAUCUAUUGUACUCUAAUUCUGGUUCUCUUGUCUUGUGUUAACAGCUGUGCCAACCCUAUCAUUUACUUCUUUGUGGGUUCGUUUAGGCAGCGGAGGCAGGGACAGACUCUCAAGCAGGUUCUUCAGAGGGCCCUACAGGACACUCCUGAGGAGGGUGACAGUGAGAAGAGUCUGCCCCAGGGAACAUUGGAGAUGUCAAGCAGUGGUGUAGUGUAG